AUGCAAAAACAUCGCAGGCAGGUUUAUCACGUCUCUAUCGCUGCCGCUGCCAGCGGAAGGCCAAGAAUCAAGCGGGAAGAAGACUCAUCAAUAAACCCGAACGGUCAACCUGUGUACUGCCAGCAAUUAACGACAAGUGGGAACCUCAGCUUUAUCGUUACGCUAGAUCCAGCAGAGGCUACGCCAGAUCCAGCAGAGGCUACGUCAGAUCCAGCAGAGGCUACGCCAGAUCCAGCAGAGCUAUUAAGCGUCCAGAUACAAGAGGGUGGUGCCGAAGACCAGAUUUGUCGCAAGGGCAAGGAGCGAGCUGUUGCUCCUUCUGGCGAUAGCGAUAAUAGCGAUGCUCAUCCUGACGACGGCGAAGAGCACCUUCCCGAGACGCCUCGGGAAUCCGUGAAGAAACGUGCGGCUCCUGCGACUCCCGUGGCGGCAGGCAAGCCGUCGAAAAGGCCGAAGAAGUCGGCGAGUGGAGAAGAGGUUCCGAUUCCUCCUUCUGCAGAGUGGGCAAAGCCUCUUUCUGGACCAGAGUAUGACGCUUCAAUAUACCAGACUCCUCUCGACUGGCCCAUGGUGUACAAACUGAACGAUGAGGAGUGUGUACUAGAUAUCUUCGAGCGGCUUCGGUCUGUGCGUCGUCGUGUGGAUGACGACUAUUGGUGUAUGCGUGCCGGGAUGAUCGCUCUCGGCUGGUGGGCUCCGUCUAACGACACCGACGCCGAAAGCAGUGAUGAUGAGGAUGCUGAUUCCGUGGAUUUCCUGAACACCCUGGUCUGA